AUGCCUUCGACCAACGGCUCCGAAUAUCGCCAUAUGCGAAGUAACAGUCUCAACAUCCAACAACAGAAUGGCCAUCCCAGUCCUAUCUUGAGCCCAAUGGCCUCCAACGCAUCUACCGCUUCCGCUGCCAGAUUCGAUGGCCCGCGCAGUCCACCGAAUACUUCCCACGUUCCCUGCAAAUUCUUCCGGCAAGGAGCCUGUCAAGCCGGCAAUGCCUGCCCCUUCAGUCACGAUCUAGGCUCGGCCGCCGAGAACAUCUGCAAGUACUUUGCAAAGGGCAACUGCAAGUUCGGUCCCAAAUGCGCAAACAUUCACGUUCUCCCCGACGGCCGGCGAAUCAACUAUGGCAAGAAUGGUGUCACGAUUGGAAAUUCUCCGAUAGCCCUCGGCGGACGAAUUAAUCCCACAGCAGCCUCCAACUACCACCCAACCAGUGCUCUCACCUCUGGCUUAUACCGCGAAGGCGUCCCUCCCUACACAUCGGCAUACCCUUACGGCGGUGACGAGAGACAACAAUCACUGGGUCGCCAGCCUAGCCUCGAGAGCGGCCUGCCUACGAUCGAUACCACCUAUUCCCAUCCCGGUUCCAAUUACGGCUCGCCCCGCGAUGACGAUGCUUCUAGAUUCGGCCUCGGCUUGUCUCCUGUCAAUGCCAACGGACUGUCAGUACUCGACGCGCCGCUCCCCGCAUCCUUCGACUCGCAGGGCAUGUCUAAUGCCGCCCGAUUCCCCGCUGCGCCGUGGCCUUCCUCCGUCCCUUCCAAAUUCGGCAUCGAGUCCCCCUCGCCCUCUCUGAGCAACGCCAAAGAUUCCCGAACUUCCGAAACUCUCAAGAUGCUUCACACCUCGGCAUUUGGUGGCAGUGAGUAUCUUGCUGCGGCAAACGUCACCGCUUCCAGCAGCCCUCCCGGUCAGCCCGAGGAAUACUUUGGCAAGCGGGCCAUGCAUUCGAGCCGAUACGCAAAGCCAAAGAUGCUCAGCUCGAGCAUGCCCAAGACAUCCGCCGUCGAUCACGAUUGGGAGGCCAAUUUUGGCUUCUUGGAAGAGGAUUGUGUGCCGUCCAAUUUGCAGGAUCUCUUGACGCCGACCGAGAAGGCCCGUCGCGGCUCUUUGCGCACUGUUGACGGUGAGCCGGGCAGCGAGAACGGCACCAAGUUUGGCAGCCCCAUCGGCGGCGCGAGCCCGAGCAGGUGGGGCCCGCUAUUCCAGCGCCAGAAGGAAGAAGAGCUUGGCCACAAGCAUGGACCGUCGGUUUUUGGACAUGUUGGAAGCCCUCUCCGAAACUCGGUGCUCUCGAACGAGAUGGGUCACGGCGGUGCCAUGGCCCGACCAAUCGGCUCCCGUGCUGGCAGCGAGACCAUGUCGGCACUCACACAGCAGCUUCAGCGCACACGGCUGGGUGACGACGGAAGCAGCAGCCCCCACUUGCAUCCUUUGGCGGCAACGGGCCGAGCCCCGAGCAAUAACGGUGCUGGGCCCAUUGGCAAGGAACGGGAUCGCGCGAUGGAGCGUCAUGUCUCGAGCGGCUCCAUCAGCUCCUCCGUGACGGGACGAUACACGACGCCCAUCGACGAGGAGGAUCCUGCCUUCGUGUUCAACAUGGAGGAAGAGGAAGAUCAGUCGUCGGCGCGGCUCCGGAAGCGUGGCUCGGCCGGUUUUGGGAUCGGUGGUGGUGGAUGGAGCUACGCCAACGCUCUGUCCAACAAAGGUGCACCCUCCGGUUCCGGCUUGGCCAAGGAACAGCGAGAGCCAUCGGUCAGCGUUGAAACCGUUGGCGGGCGUUGA